CACAGUGGUUACAUCCCUCACUGACUGGAACCCAACGCGGGCUUAAGGCGUCAUCAGCACGCGACCCUUAAAGAGGAAUGCCCGCUCGGCUUCGAGGAGGCUCCGACUUAUGGCUCUUUCCGGCUGCGGGGCUCGUCAGGCCGCUUGGGCCGGCGCUCCGGACCGCUUUUCCCCGUGGCUGCGCCUCACUGUCCGCCGCUGGGUGGUGCGCCCGGCCUCCGGAGUGCCGCCCCCCCAGGAGGCGGCGGCGGAGAGCGUGGUGCGGAUCCCGCGCGCUUGGCAGCUCCACGUGGAGCGGGCCGUCUCCAAACCCAAACGAAGAUGCGGCCCCGCAGCUGCGGCCUCCGUUCCCCAGAGAGGGAAGCUUCUGCUGCGGAGCCGUCGGCAGGAACUGAGUCAAGUGGCUCGCCAGACGGUGGGGCGCUGGGACCAGCCGCGCCUGGUCUCGGGCGGCUGGAAGCAUCGCUUGUCCCAAGGAGAUUAUUUCCAACUGGAGCGGAUGCGCCAGGAACCGCCUGGAGAACAAGACCCCGAGGCCGCCACCGCCUCUUUCCCAUCCCUGGGAGUGGCUCCCCAGCUGGCCUCCACCUUAGAGGAUGUGCUGGGCAUCUCUAAGCCCACCGACGUGCAGAAACGUGCCAUCCCUGCCUUGCUGACGGGCUGCAAUGCGCUGUGCGCUGCCGAGACGGGCAGCGGGAAGACCCUGGCCUACUUGCUGCCGCUUAUCCAGCGGCUCUUGCAAUCCCCGGACUUAACCCGUGGGACCGCUUCUGCAGCCUCUCCCCGCUCCUUGGUGGUACUGCCUUCUCGGGAGCUUGCAGGACAGGUACGGAGCGUCGCCUCUUACCUGUGCACUCCACUGGGCUUGCAGGUGAGGGAGAUUGGCGGCGGCCGGGGCAUGUAUGCUGUUCGGCGGAAGAUCCGCACUGGCCCUGCUGAUCUCCUGGUGGCCACACCAGGGGCACUGUACAAGGCCUUGCGGGGGAGGAUGUUGUCCCUGGUGAAGCUGCGCUGCCUGGUGUUGGAUGAAGUGGACACCCUGCUGGACCCCACAUUUGUAGAUCUUGUGGAAGAUGUGCUUCAGCAGGCCCUCCUUGCCACCAGCCCCAAAGAAAUUGAGGAUGUUUGGGAUCCCAAAGCCCAGCUGGUGGCUGUGGGAGCCACCCUCCCAAAGGGGUUGGGUGAACUGCUGGGGAAAGUCAGUGAUGUGGGCAGCUUCAGCAUCCUGACUAGCUACAGUCUGCAUCGUCUUCAGCCUCAUGUUGAGCAAAAGUUCAUGCGCCUGAAGGGCAGUGACAAGGUGGCGGAGCUGCUGCUGCUCAUCAAAGAUCGAGGGCCCUCAUCUGGUGCUGUUCUGAUUUUCUGCAAGGACGCCAGCACUGUCAACUGGCUAGGUUACAUUUUGGAAGACCAUAAGAUUAAACAUCUCCGCCUGCAAGGACAGAUGCACGCACAUGUGAGAGCUGGCAUAUUUAACGCCUUUCAGAAAGGCCAAAGCAACAUCCUGAUAUGCACAGAUAUAGCUUCCCGGGGGCUGGACACUACCCACGUGGAGCUAGUUGUCAACUAUGACUUCCCACCAACGCUGCACGAUUACCUGCAUCGGGUGGGGCGAGUUGGCCGCACAGGCAGUAAGUUCCCUGGGAUUGCAGUCAGCUUUGUAACGCACAGGUGGGAUGUGGACCUUGUCCGGAAGAUAGAAACGGCCGCUCGUAAAAGGUCUCCACUACCAGGCAUGGAUCCCAUUGUUAAAAAAUCGUUGUCUAAAAAGAAAAAGAACUGAGUCUCACUAAAGGAUUCCCACUUUAAGCAGCAUUUGAACAGGUGCUGUUUGACCCUGCGUUUCUAGAGAAAAUGCAGUCAAACAUUCUGUAUGUUUGGGUUGAGGACGUGUGCAAAAGAGCAGCCCAGCCAAAGAUGUGGAAGCCCAGCCAAAUAAUCUUGUACUAACUAAAGCCACAAGCAUAAAUGACCAUUGAUAUGGAAUUGUCUGAUUUUUCAUGUAGAUUGAUGCUUGUGUACUAGGAAAGCAAAUCCAUCAUGCACAGGAAUGGAAUAUUUUGUGCAAUUCCCUUCUUAUUUUUAACCAAUAAAAGCCAGUGCAUGGCCUUCUCAGAAACAAUGGCAGCUUAGACCUGAUGCACCCUCUGUUUCUUGUGUUAGCCAAGCUAGACAGGGCAGGUAGAGAAUUUGGGUGUACACCUUUCCAAUAUGCCUUUCUUGUCCCUUCUUCUCUUUGCACAUUUUUUGUUGACACAUGAGCUGUAGGUCAGCGGCGGAAUAGAUGUUUUGCUUACAAAAGGUCCCAGGUUCAGUCCCUGCCAUUUUUGGUUAAAGCUGAGAAAGACCCCCCCAUCUCAGACUCUGGAGAGCUAGUGUAGACAAUACUGAGUAUUGGUAACUUCCUGCGUUCCUACGUAUUUGAAGCCAAUAGGUUAAUUUAAGGCAUAACUAAACUACUCCAUUGAUUUCAAUGGGACUUCAGUUCAACUGACUGACUGGAUCUAACCCAAUAUCUGUAUGUGUCUUUGUGCAACACUUGUGCAUACUCAUUGCAAGGCCAUCUCUCAGUAGUCCUGAUGCAAGAGCCACAGUGAUUGCACCAGCAUUAAUAGAAGGUGGCCUUGAAAUGACUUAUGUGACUCCUGUUAUCCCAUCACAAUGUAUUUUGGCUAUUCAUCUGAAGGCUUGAUGCCUGCACUAAAUAGAACAAUUUUCAUCCUGGUAGCCUUUUCAGUUAGCCUUGUCUGCAAAGAAAACACCUAGAAGGUAAUAUAAACGGUAACUAUAUUGGUUCUUAUAGAAGCGAAAACUAUUUAAAAAUGCAUGUUGCAGGAAAAAAGGCUGUACGGAUAUUUAGGAGAGGAUAUGGGUUAUGUCUGUUCAGCACAGAGAGCAAGAGAGCUUGCUUCUUUUUUGCCCAGCAUGGAAAUGCAGCUGCCAGCCCACAACAGGCUGGAAAACAUCUUGCAAGUCAGUAGACUCCUUUCAGCAUGAGCUUAGCAAGAGGUGGUUCACUGCAAAUGUUUGCAAACUUAACGGGUUUACUUCAAUGAGGAUUCAAUCGUAUACCAGCAAUUAAUGGACAAUUUGGGACUUUGCUGCAACCCCACCCCUGAAUUUUUUGCAGUAUGGAAAGUGACAAGAAAAUGCACUUGAGGUGAUAUCAUGUAACCUUUGCGCAAACAAAUCAGAAUGGAUGCUCAAUAAGCAGCGGCUGAAUGACCUCUGUGCAAGCUUUGCGGGGAAAAAUCAGGAAAACUGCUCAAUAAACCAGAAAGACAAAUGGCCACCCAGAUCAAUUGGACCUUCCUCUUCCACACCCAUAGCAGUUCUGUCACCCCAUUAGCGUAGAUGGGACAUAGUGGUAUGCGCAUACAGGAACAUCACAAUGCCCCUGCCCCCAUAGUGUGGAAAGUCAGGAGCAAUUCCGUUUGUAGCUUGCAGGGGAACAGCAAUGACUGGAGAGUGCAGGGAACCACUCAUUUGGGAAACAGCCUAAGAAGAGUUCUUUAUAACUCAGAAGCUGUCUUCUGGUAUUGCCAGUUGCACAGACUGGUUUUGUAAAAGGUAUUGUCACUAUUGCCUUGACCUUGACAGCUCUCCCUGUUGUUAGAAAAGUCACUUAAAUAAUGCAGAAGGAGGCCAGAGAGAAAAGUCCUGGUAACAUUUUACUGAGCAAGCUGAACAAAAACUAUCCUUUGAGGAGUAAGGAACUGAGAAAUUCUGUUUUCCAGUUCAGGCCUUGUAAAUAGCAGGCAGACAUACAAUUAAACAUACAGAGUAAAACUCCCUCAGAACUUGAGUAUGUGCUACCUUACUGAAGAUCAUGCCACUUUGCCUGCUUACUAAGCAAUACCUCCACCUGUCCUCUUCUUGGCUAGUUGCGUUUAACACCAGCAGAAUUAACUGUUCAGUUUCAAACUGAAUGAUCCCUGCUCUUGCACUUCCAACACUUCUAUUGUUAGGGCUAAAAAGCACUGAAAUUAAUCAGAUAUUAAGUCAUAUAAUGUUUUGAUGUAGUGUUUUCCAAUUUUGCACAGCAGAGUGAAAUAAAACAUUUCUUUGCAUUGCAGACUAAACAGAAUGGCAUUUUUCAUGUUCUUAACAGCAACACAAUGUAGCAAGAAUGCACAGCCCAACGAUUAACAGAUAAAACACAGUCAUAGAGAAUUUGGCAAUGAGCAAAACCAUUUUUUAGACAAGAACAUUAAGCAGCCUCACUGGGUACAGGCCAUGCCUCUGAACAGAAACACAGGUUAGCGCUGUAAGGAAAUCAGUGUUAAGCUCCUCAGUCCUAAAUCUUCAAAUCAAAGUGUGCCAAAGGGCAUUUCCUUAAU